AUGUCAGCUGAACUUGCUUGCGUUUAUGCCGCUCUCAUCCUCAACGACGGCGAAAAGGAAAUCAAUGCUGAUUCCCUUGCUAAGGUUGUCGCUGCUUCUGGCCUCAAACUCGACCAGUUCUGGGUUAACCUUUAUGCCGAUUAUUUCAAGAAGGCUAACGUUGCCGAUUUAAUCAAGAACGUUUCCCUCGGUGGUGCCGCCGCUCCAGCUGCUGGCGCUGCUCCAGCUGCUGCCGCUGCUGAAGCUCCAAAGGAGGAAGUUAAGGAAGAAGAACCAGCUGCUCCACUUGACCUUGGUGACAUGUUCGAUUUCUAA